AGGGAGCGUUCAGUGAGGCAGCGACCAGAGGCCCGUCCACACCCGACUGCCAGCCACCGCCACCCUCUAGGGUCCUCACCUGCGUUAGUCCGGCGGAGCAACGCCAGGCUCUCGUGUGCUCCGGUGUCCGCCUUCCUCACCCACAUGUGUGUGUGUGUGUGCACAUGCCCCAGCAGUGUGUGUACUCCCGUGUGCACCUCCCUCACCCGCGUGUGCACUCUUAAGGUUACGACAUUCCGCAGCACUCUGGUGGUGAGUGUGUGGUAGCUGGAGCCACUUCAGGAGUGGCAGUGCCAGCCAGCACCCGAGUGACGGUGGCAGCACCCGAGUGACGGUGGCAGCACCCGAGUGACGGUGGCAGCACCCGAGUGACGGUGGCAGCACCCGAGUGACGGUGGCAGCACCCGAGUCACAGUGGAAGCACCCGAGUGACGGUGGCAGCACCCGAGUGACAGUGGCAGCACCCGAGUGACAGUGGCAGCACCCGAGUGACAGUGGCAGCACCCGAGUGACACCGGCAACAACUCAUCACCACUGAGUGAAUGCGUGUGGGUCUCGGGCCACCACUCUGGCCCUCUCCGCCUCAGAGUGAACUGAGAGAAAAUAAUGUACAGGAAGCACGUCCGUCUUAAGAGUGCCAGAGUGGAAGACAGUGCGGUGUGGCCGGUCCGGCGGACAUAGCGAUGGAGGUGAGAGUGGGCGGGACGUGGGCGGGGUGGUGGGGCGGAGUGGUGGAGUGAGGGCGCCCACCCGGACAUGUACCGCAAGUACCUUCAGGAGCUGAGUGACCGUCCUGCCACCGCCCGCCUUCAGCAGCUGAGUGACCGCCCUGCCACCGCCCACCUGCAGGAGCUGAGUGACCCCUUGGUAUUUCCCGAAACGCACCUUAUCGUCGACGACGCCCACCUGAAGGCCGCCCGCGCCGGUGCCGCCCACAGAGAACAGUUUCGUAACUCUCAGCUGGACUGUGUCACCGCGAGUGUCUCUCCCGCCAGCACGGUGGCCAGUGGCGACGGUGCUGACAAGCCGCCGCUGGCAGUGCAGCUGGCUGGUCACACUGCGGGUGUUGAGUGCCAGAGUGUCAGUGCCAGUGCCACCGGUCACUCCAUACAUGCCAAACCUGGCGGGAGUAACAUCACCAUCAACCAGUCACCGACUCGUCAGUCAGUGAGUCAUGAUGACUCUGGUGUGGAUACUUCUCCGUCGGCCCAGAACCACAGCCCCGCUUCUUCUUCCAUUCGCCGCCCAGAGGUCAGGUCAAGCGGUUAUGGUUCCGUUGUCAGACGCUUCCGGGCCGUCAAGUCCAAUGGUCGUGAUUCAGCUGUCAGCUGUUCCUCCGAGGACAAGUACAGAGAUUGGAGUUCCUCCGGCAGCCACUCCUCGGGGGUCAAGUCUAAGGGUCGAGGUUCCACUAGCAGCCAGUCUCCAAAAGUCGAAGCCAGAGGUAGAAGCUCGUCUGUCAGUCAGUCUCCAGAGAUCAAGUCUGGGGAUCGAAUCUCCUGCAUCAGUCACUCUGCAGAGAUCACGUCGCGAGGUCAAGGCUCUGCAGACUGUCAUUCCUCGCAGACAACGUCCAGAAGGCGAGGAUCCGCCGUCAGUCGCUCAUCAGAGGUCAAGUCGAGGGGUCGAGGCAUCAGCCAGGCCUCGGAAGCCAGUUACGGGAGACCCGAGAAGUGGGACGCCCGUCGCUACUCUGAGACCAUCCACCUGCACGACUUCAUGUCCCGCUCCAACACGCCAGAGUUCCGGCGUCGACCCCUCGAUUUUCUUGUGACGAAUGAAGAGGACACCAGAGCGGCGAGACUUGGCGGAGUCUCCCAGGCCAGCCGGCCGUCCCCCAAGCGUAUGUGGGAUGAGGAUUCCUUCUCCAACCCUUCACAAGACGAAGUCAUAGUCUCGCGGCCUGUCGUUGAUGCCUCUAAAGUCAAUUCGCCUCUGUACCCCAUUCCACGGGGAGACCUGAUCUUACCUAUCUUGCAGGAGAAGGCUCGACACGCUUCCCCAGGCCUUCCUUUCGAAGUGAUUCAGGUCAAGCCCAUCCACACAGACCCUCAUGAGGAAUCCAAGACAUUUCUCAAGGGAAAUGGACUUACAAGCCCACCUUCCAGGUUUUCCACCAACCUUCAAGUGGAGAUGUCUCCUUGGGGCCGACGCCCCCCAGCACCCAGGGCGCCACAGAAGGCCAAGAUGUUACCGGACACCGCCUCGACCCUCGGGUGUUACCCAGUGUUCUGCUGCCGCCUCCGGACACCCAACUCCUCCAGCGGCACCAGCAGCACCACCAGGUGACUCCAAUGGCCUCCUGGACCACCUGUGGAACACCUGAGGAGCCUCUGAACACCUGUGGAACACCUGAGGGGCCUCUGAACACCUGUGGAACACCUGAGGGGCCCCUGAACACCUGUGGAACACCUGAGGGGCCUCUGAACACCUGUGGAACACCUGAGGGGCCCCAGAACACCUCUGGAACACACCAGGAGAGCCAUCGGCCGGUGCAGGAGAGAGAGAGACAGGUAUCGCCCGCCACGAGCAAGCUUUUCACCACACCGUGCCGGACUGCCCGUAGCGCAGUGGCCACCGUACUCAACUCACACACCCGAACUGCUCCUGGGUCUGAUUCUCGGGCGAGGGCGCGUUAAAUGGGCACGUUUUCCCCUCUAAACCCAAAAAUAUAGCCCACUGUUUACGCAGCAGUAAAUGCGUGUCUAUAUAUAUAUACACCCGGGACUUAGUCAACUGUUGUGUGUUGCAUCAUGCAUCCUGGGAGAGGACAAAUUGCAUAGUUGCAGAUGUAUAGUGCGGGCUGGUGAGUCUCUUAGGAACGUAAUGUGCCAAUUAA